AUGCAGCUGCAUCUUCUAUGAACAAUGAACAAUAUCUCAGCGGUGACAGAGUUUCUUCUGAUGGGUUUUGCUGGAACAUGGAAGCUUCAGUUUUUACAAGCUGGGGUUUUCAUAGUAAUUUACCUGGCAGCCCUGAUGGGAAAUGGGCUUAUUAUCACCAUAACCUCUUUGGACCCAAGUCUCCACACGCCUAUGUACUUCUUUUUAAGGAAUCUCUCCUUUUUUGACCUCUGCCUCAUUUCUGCUGUAAUACCCAAAACUAUUGUCAACUCUUUGACCCACAACGACUACAUCUCUUUCCUCGGCUGUGUUACUCAGGUCUUCCUGGUGACCUUUUCAGCAGCCACAGAGCUGUUCUUCCUCACUGCUAUGUCCAUUGACCGCUAUGCUGCCAUCUGCCAUCCACUGCACUACAAAGUCAUCAUGAACAGGGACACCUGUGUGCAGAUGGCAUCUCUAUCAUUGCUCAGUGGCUGUAUGCUGUCUAUGAUACACACGGCAGGUACCUUUUCCUUAUCUUACUGUGAACUCAAUGAAAUCCAGCAAUUCUUCUGUGAUAUUCCCCAGCUGUUAGCUAUUUCUUGCUCAGAGCAUGUAACUGCAGAGAUUGCGCUCAUUUUCAUUAAUGCAGUACUAGAUUUGUGCUGCUUAGCUUGCAUCAUUAUCUCCUAUACCUACAUCUUCUCCACUGUCAAGAAGAUUCCAUCCACAGAAGGACAGUCAAAAGCCUACUCCACGUGCCUACCACACCUGGCAGUGGUUGUACUGUUCAUCUCAACUGCUCUCGGCGCUUAUUUCAAACCUAUUUUAGGGUCUGUUUCCUUCACUGAUCUCAUUCUGUCUGCAUUUUAUGUUUUGUUGCCCCCUUCCCUGAAUCCAAUCAUAUACGGUCUGAGAAAUAAGGCUAUGAAAGCAGGCUUAAAGAAGUUGAUUACUACAAAACUCUUGACAAAGGAGAAUCUUCUUAUUUUUUUUCAAAAAUAG